AUGUCAAUGGGCAGCGACACCACGUGGGUGGGAAAAAAGCCACUGAGAAGAGUCGGAGGGAUGUCCGAUGCUCUCUCCAUCGCCGCCGAUCUUGGGUUUUCCGUUCCUCCUCCGCCAUCUCAGGAAGAUACCCAGAAUUCAUCGACGUGUUCUCGUGAGAAGGGGGACGACCUGAUAAGGAUCUUGAGAGAAUUGACGGCUGUGCAAAGAAAGAUUGCGGAUCUACAAGUGGAACUUCAAGGCAGAAAGGAGGACAAGAAUGUUGCACAUUUGACACACGUGAGUGAAAUGGAGAAGAAGAUCGAGACUUUAUCUCGGAUCACGACAAUAUUGAAAGAUGUUAUACAGAAUAAGGAUCGGAUUAUUGCUCGCCUUCAGCAACCAUAUUCUUUGGAUUGCAUACCCGUGGAAGCUGAGUACCAGAAACAAUUUUCAGAACUACUGAUGAAAGCGGCAAGUGAUUAUGGAGCCUUAACAGCCUCUGUUGCUGAUUUUCAGUGGAGUCAGAACUUUAAAGAACCACCUACGAUAUGGGGCGAAAUGCUCCGACCAAUUCCCGUGGCUUUAGCAUCUUGCACUCGUUUUUUCGAGGCUAUGACUGCAAUGAGAGAAUCAUUUUCCAAACUACAAACACUGAGAGUCGGCCAUUCAUCUCAAAGGGCAACGAGAGAUUCCGAAUGCAUGACUCCUCCAGCUUGGAGGACCGAGUCGAGUUUCGAUGAUUUAGCCAUUGAUGGCCUCAGAAGCCAAGGCAGUGAAUGGCACGGAGGUGAAGAUACAAACAGUGAAGUUGUUGAUUCAAGUUCAGUUGAUGCGACUGCCCACAGAAGAUUAUCUUGGCCGCCUUCUGUGAAAAAUAAUGGAUUGUGA